CGUGAACAAGUUGACCUCACAGUGCGGUCACUGUGACAUGCCAUGUUCACGCGCACAAAUUCCUUGCUCCCAACCCACUCAACCCAUUUUCUCUCUCUAAAUUAUCUCAAUUGUAACCCUAAUUCUAUACGCAUCUCAAAUGGAACCCUAACUCUUCUGUUCUGUUCAAAGGCCACUGUUUUUCUUCAAAACCAGUUGUUCUGGUUUUGGUUUUUCUUUUUCUAUUUACUGCAAAUUUUCUGUCUUGGUUUUUCUUUUGCAAAUUCAGAUUUUUUUAGCCAUGGAAGCUAGGAAAAACCCACCUCCUAUGAUAGGAAAGGCAGGUAGAUACACAGUGUUUAUCACCCCUCCAAAACAACCCCAGAAUGCUGAAGAAUAUCCGAAGGUGCCCCCAGUUCAGCCUCCUCCUCAGCAGUUUGAUAAGAAACAACCAUUGCAAUCUUCAAGCUCCCCAUUUUCUUUUGUUUGGAACACUGUUUCCAAGAUCCAAACUGUACAUUCUAGCAUUGAUGAAUGCCUGGCUGACUGGUUUGGCUUGAACCAGUCCAAGUAUCAAUGGGCUCUGAAUGAGUACUAUGAGAGCAAAGGACAGGACAUUGAUGUUGUGAAACCCAAGGAGCUGGCAAACAAAGGGCAGAAUGUACAACAGAGCCAUGGCCAGAAAUUCGGGUAAUCGAGGACUUGACUAUUAUUGUCUAUUUGAACUAGCUGAAAAGCUGAUGACCAAAAUGAUUUUCUCUUUAAAUGGGAUUUGUGAGAAGUGGCUUAAAAUGGGGAUGUCCUGUCCUGUCAUUAGUCUUUGCAUCCUUUCUAACAUGUUGCAUCGACAUCACCGUCCUUCAUGAUGCUGAACAUCUGGAUCUUGUUCACUCAAGUCAUUCAACCAAGUUGAUAUGAGGGAAUCAUCAUAUAUCUUAGUGACGUUCGCUGGUAGCAAAAGUGAUUGUAAGAAUUAUUAUUGAUAGUUUGUGUAUUGGAGAUAUUCUCUAGCUAUCACUUUCAUUGUAAAUCUAUGGUGUAAUUUGAGCCUUUCGUUUCGGAAAUCUUUCUCGUUCUCCAUUA